AGAGGGACAGAAGCUCUGCUGCAGAACACACCUCAUCUCCAUUUUAGCUGGAGGAAGAGAGAGAGAGUGAGAGAGAGAGAGGGAUUCAGUCUGUGCCACUUUACUCUUCGGCUCCAGUGACACAGAGAGGAGAGCUGGGGAAGUGAUAUUUCAACAACCGUGUGACUGAGAGGGAGAAGAAGAAAAAAAUAAAACAUCCUGGCACGUGAGGCAUUUGCAAAGAAAGACUGAGCAAAUGAAGGAAGGAAGAAUCGGCGGAGAGCGAUGUAGUCGGUGCUUCAGUUGCGUGAGCCACCGCGCUGGGAGCCAUGAGUCCUCCACCUGUGGCCAGGAUGUGAAAUCGAUGGUGUGACAACAAAGGCCAUCAUCCAGCUACAUCCAUUGUGCAGUCCCUGUUCUACCACACAGAAACUAAAGUCUGUGGCUACAAAGCGAACAUGCACAUUUCAGCUUUUUAGUUGUGUCUGACUCUGUUGUAGAAUGUUAACAAUUGUAUCGCUCUUCAAUCGGUUUAGAUUGUAUGAAUGACGACACUGACCCUUCUGGUCUACCUUUUACAGUUGCCACAAACAUCUUGAAACUGUUAAUAACAAGACUUUACAUUCAUUUCUUGUCCAAAUGAUUCAUCUCACAUCCUAACAACAAACUCUUCCCCACCUUGUCUGAAUCAGCUCUUGUGACCUGCGAGGAUUAUGAGGCCGACUUUAAUGUUUCUACAGUCACAGUGUCUCCUGUGUGUGUUGGUUAGUGUAUGUGUGCCAGGCGUUGUGGGCUCGCUCCCUCACGCGCUACCAUGGCACGUCACCUGCCCGGUGCGGUGCGUGUGUCAGAUCAAGCCGUGGUUCUCCCCUGAUUCUGUCUACCAUGAAGCUCCCACUGUGGACUGCAAUGACCUGCUCUUGACCAAGCUCCCCUUACCCAUACCCCCGAACACACACACCCUGCGCCUGCAAAGUAACCUUCUGUCUGAGCUCAACACUGCGGUGCUGCAUGGACUCGCCAACCUCACCGAUCUUGACCUUUCCCAGAAUCGCUUCAGUCGUGUCAAGACAAUAGCUCAGAGCUCCUCCCUGCCCUCUCUACUGUCUUUACACCUGGAGGAAAACCAUCUCAGUCGACUCCCUGAGGCCUCCUUCUCCUCACUUCCAGCUUUGCAGGAGCUCUUCCUCAGUCACAACAACUUACACGCGAUAGCACCUGGAGCCUUCACCGGUCUGGACUCCCUACUGCGUCUGCAUAUCAACAACAACAGACUCACCACUGUUGACCCUUGGUGGUUCAGGGCUUUGCCCCGCUUGGAAGUUCUCAUGCUUGGGGGAAACCCUGUGGAGGCCCUGCCUGAGCGGGGCUUCCUGGCCCUGAAAUCCCUCCGGAGUCUUGUUCUUGGUGGAAUGGGUCUGAGAGGCUUGGCUGAAAAAGCACUGGAAGGGUUGGAUGGCCUAGAAAGCCUCUCCUUCUACGAUAACCUGCUGACAAAGGUUCCCACUCAGGCCCUGAUGAGAGUGCCAGGAUUGAAGUUCCUCGACCUCAACAAGAACCGCAUCAAACUCAUCGAGACAGGGGACUUCCGAGAUAUGGUCCACCUGAAGGAGCUCGGCCUGAACAACAUGGAGGAGCUGGUGUCCAUUGAGAGAGCUGCCCUGGAAAACCUUCCGGAGCUAACGAAGCUCGAGAUCACCAACAACCCGCGACUGUCCUACAUUCAUCCUCAGGCUUUCCUCCAGCUGAGCAGGCUGGAGAGUCUAAUGCUCAACUCCAACUCUCUGAGCGCACUGCACCAGCACAUCAUGCUCUCCCUGCCGAGUCUUCAGGAGGUCAGCUUACACUCCAACCCACUGCGCUGUGACUGUCUGUUUCACUGGGCCGCUCAGGAGGCCUCUCCCCAUCACAGUGAAGACGCACAAACAGAGAGACAUACACCUCGAAUGGUGCGUUUCAUCCAGCCCCAGGCCACACUGUGCUCCGAACCUGCAGAGCUGAGAGCUCGCAGAGUGAGAGAGGUGUCCUCCAGGGAGAUGUCGGCCUCAUGUCUCCCCAUGAUCCCUACCAGCUCCCUCCCUUCCUACGUUGGGGUGAGAGAAGGAGGAAAACUGGUCUUGCACUGCCGAGCUCUUGCGGAUCCACAGCCUGAACUGUACUGGGUGACUCCCUCUGGGCUGAGACUUGGUCCUGCACCGAGUCAUGCAUCCAAAGGUUUACCAGCUCCGGCUCCCUGCCACAGCCUGGCAGCCUCUGAGGGAUUCAACCACACAUCCGGCGUCUCUCACAGCCAGCCUCAAGAUGAUACUCCCUGUAAUCCCUCUAAACACUACAGGCUAUUGCCUGAGGGAACUCUGGAAAUGAACAAGGUCACCUCCAGCGAGGCAGGGUUGUAUACCUGUGUAGCUGAGAAUGCACUGGGAGCAGAUACACGCAGCGUUACCGUUGGUGUGCAUGGCAGAGAGAAGAAAAGAAAGAGGGGGGUGGCUGCUAAUAAGAAGGGAUAUCAGUUAUUCAGCGAAGAUGCCAGGUUGGAGGUGAGGGACGUUGGACAACACAAUGCUAUCCUGUCCUGGCAGAGCGGGCGCAACCUCCCUUCAACUCGUCUAUCCUGGCAAGCCAUAUACUCAAACGCACACACGCCCACAUACACCACACGCAUCCUGGCUGGUACUCAGAGCUUCAACCUGACCCACCUGCAGGCAGAGACAUUUUAUAGAGUGUGUCUACAUUUAGGGAUUAGUGAGGGCACCACGCAUGACAGCAGGAGAUCAGGAAAGAGCAGAAAGCCUCAGUGCGUUUCAUUCAGGACGAAGGAUGUCCCAGAGCCUCAGCUCAGCCUGCAGCUAAGCCCAGAGCUGACCUCCACAGUAGUCACACUACUUUUGCUCGCAAUCAUACUGCUGCUGCUGGCAGGCCAGGGCUGGGACAAUGAGCAAGGAAAACACCACAGUACCAUCCUCCAGGAAAUCGAAAGUCCUGACGCUCCGAUCAUCAAUCAAAAGACAGAAGGAAACAAGGCACCGUAGACCAAGCAAAGUGAGGAACUGCUUUAACAUCAGGACUGCUGAGAUAAUUAUGUUUUUGCACAUUCAAAUCCAGACAACAAACACUGACACAAAAUGUCAAAUAUAGCCUACACUUUGUGAAUAACAGCUAGAAAAGAUCAUCAGUCACAGAUCAGAACGGUGGUGCAGAAAGAGAUUUGUAUUUAUUUUAUAUACAGUAUAAAGUAUAUAAUGACAUUGUUUGUGUGUUAUUAUGUGUUGUAAAGAACGCCUGAACCCUAACCAGGAAAAAUAAAGUUGGACAAUCAUACUCCUGCAGCACAGUGAGUGAACACAGGAGAAACAAAUGAGCCUGAGCUGCCGAUGACCACUGGACUGAAACUAAAGACAAUCUGAUUCAAUCCAGGGAGAGACCUGCAGAGGAGAGCGGCUCAGACCUGCAGGGUAUUUGUCAUGUUUCCUGUCUACAUGUUCCACAGACUGAACCAUUCUUUCUCCAAGUAGAUGAAACUCUGUCUCGAGUCUGAUACUGAAUGAAAUUCUUGCAUCGAUGUAAACAACCCUUUUGCUUAGCUUUCAGUACCUUGGACUGGGUUGUACAUCUCACAGUACAUAAUACAGUAUGCUCAUCCUGAUUCCGCGCCUAACAACCCACGCCUUCUUUAAGCAUAAAAGUGAUCUAAAAGUAAUUGUGUUAAAUUCUAUUUUGAGCUAUUAUUCAAUAAAAUCUUUUUCAUUUAUACAA